AGCGCAGGGACCCUCACACCCGCUCUCGAUCCUCGCGUGUUGCUUCGAGUGUAUCCAGAAGACAAUUGUCUACUUGAUUUUCCUGAUAAUUAAUCAUUUCAAUUGAAUUUUAGUUUAAAAAUGUCGACUGUUGCUAGUGCACUGGCAGUUGCUGGCUCCCGGCAAUCGGGAGCACCCGUGAGAACACAAAAUGUCAUGGCGGCUUGUUCAAUCGCGAACAUUGUGAAGAGUUCCCUGGGACCUGUAGGACUGGACAAAAUGCUCGUGGAUGACAUUGGUGACGUCACUGUCACCAACGAUGGAGCAACAAUUCUUCGCCUUCUGGAAGUCGAGCAUCCAGCUGCACGAGUUCUGGUAGAACUAGCUCAACUCCAAGACGAAGAGGUGGGUGAUGGCACCACCUCUGUUGUCAUAAUCGCAGCUGAGCUCCUGAAGAACGGUGACGAGCUUGUAAAUCAGAAGAUCCACCCUACCACGGUCAUAUCGGGGUACAGGCUAGCCUGCAAAGAGGCCUGCAAGUACAUCCAGGAGCGCCUGACAAUCCCAGUCGAAGAACUUGACAGGAAUUGUCUCGUCAACAUCGCCAAGACCUCGAUGUCCUCCAAAAUCAUCGGGGCAGAUGCUGAUUUCUUCGGAAAUAUGGUCGUCGAUGCUGCUAAUGCUGUGAAGAUCACCGAUGGAAAGGGGACAAAUUUGUAUCCUAUCAAGGCUGUUAAUCUUCUCAAGGCACAUGGAAAAAGCGUCCGAGAGUCGGUUCUCGUCCAGGGUUACGCCCUCAACUGCACAGUGGCCUCCCAAGCGAUGCCAAAGAAAAUCACCCAUGCCAAGAUUGCGUGUCUGGACUUCUCCCUGCAGAAAACCAAGAUGAAACUCGGGGUUGAGGUGUUGAUCACUGACCCUGAGAAGCUGGAAGCAGUGCGCCAGAGAGAGAUCGAUAUCACCAAGGAGAGGAUCCAGAAGAUUAUCUCGGCUGGUGCCAACGUUAUCCUGCUCACCGGGGGUAUCGACGACUUGUGCCUAAAGUACUUUAUCGAAGCUGGAGCCAUGGCUGCCAGGAGGUGCAAGAAGGCAGACCUCAAGAGAAUUGCCAAGGCCACUGGAGCCCAGUUCUUAACUUCCUUGACGAAUAUGGAGGGUGAGGAGAGCUUCGAGGCCAGCUUCCUGGGGGAGGCUGCUGAGGUCGUUCAAGAGGUCGUCUGCGAUGACGAGCUGAUACUCAUUAAAAACCCAAAAGCAAGGACAGCAGCAUCCAUAAUCCUUCGUGGCCCCAACGACUACUACUGCGACGAGAUGGAGCGCUCAGUACACGAUGCCCUUUGUGUCGUAAAACGCGUCCUCGAGAGUAAGAACGUGGUUCCUGGUGGUGGUUGCGUGGAGGCUGCCCUGUCAAUUUACCUCGAAAAUUUCGCGAUGUCUCUGAGCUCCCGGGAACAGUUGGCAAUCGCCGAAUUUGCACGUUCUCUUCUCGUCAUCCCGAAGACACUGGCUGUGAACGCAGCUCAGGAUGCGAUACAUCUAGUUGCUAAACUUCGGGCUUAUCACAACUUCAGUCAGACAUCUAGUGACACAGGGGACUUCAAGUGGAUGGGAUUAGACCUCAUCGAGGGUACCAUAAAGAAUAACUUCAAUGCCGGAAUCCUCGAGCCAACUAUUUCUAAAACAAAAUCAUUAAAAUUCGCAACUGAAGCCGCCAUCACGAUCCUCCGAAUCGAUGACAUGAUCAAACUGGACCCUGAACAGCGCGGAACAAAAUCCUACGGUGAUGCUUAUGCUGCUGGGGAGCUUGAGGGAUAAUUCAGAGGAGGAAAUCGAUUGAUCAGAAUUUUUUUACGAGGAAAAAUUUCAGUUUCCGGGGCAGACCUGGAGAAAUUUAAGAGUGAAGUGGAGAUAUUCACGAAAUUGUCUGGACGUUUUUUUAGAUUAUUUCAUGAAUUCGAUUUUGUACGUCACUUCACUGCUGAAUACUGUAUUACUUUUGCCUAUUAAUUAACAUUUAUUAUUAGAUUGAUCGAACUUGCAUUUUUUUCAUUGAUGAGAAUAUUAAUUUAUCACGAUUUAUCGUGGUGGUAUUAAUCAUUAAUGCUUAUUUAUGUAAGAACUUCUCAGAUUACAAAUAAAAACUUUUUUUCACCAGAAAAUAAAAA